AAAAAUAAAUAGUUAGAGAGGGACGGAUGGGCUAUCGCAUAUCAACUCUGCAGCUUCCCUGACCCCUGUCGACUGGAUCCAAACUCUUAAUCACCAAGUAAUACACUCAAAACCGAGUAAAUAUAUAUUUGUGUAUAUAUAAUAUAUUACUCUUUGACAUUUAACACACCCUUCCUCUUUCCUUCCAACUCCAAAGGGCCCUAACCCCUUAAAAGGAGCAAAUUUUAAAGGUUCAUAUAAAACCCACCUUCCAUCUGCUACACAUACCAUCACAUUCGGGGACACAUCCCGAUUAUCCCAUACGCCCAUACACUCCAUUUUAAUCACAACCAACACUUAAAACAAUGGAAUUCUUCAAGAAAGCCAAGGCAGUUCGUCUUAGGAGCCAGCACCACAAGUACUUAACAGCCGCAGAAGACGAAGAAAGCGUCAAACAAAGCCGCAAUGGCUCAUCAAAGAGCGCACGUUGGAUCGUCGAGCCAGUCGAAGGGAAACCCAAUGUCAUACGCCUUAAGAACUCUUACAGUUCAAAAUAUUUAUCAGCUUCGGACGAACCAUUCCUAUUGGGGUGGACUGGAAGACGUGUCCUCCAGUCCUCCCCUAGGCUCCGACUCGACCCUGCAGUCGAGUGGGAGCCUAUUAAUGAAGGAUCACAAGUCAAACUAGGAACACGCAAUGGAAACUUCUUAAGAGGUAAUGGUGGGGUUCCACCUUGGAAUAAUUCAGUCACACAUGAUGUACCAUCUAGGAAUUCUACCCAAGAUUGGAUCAUGUGGACCGUUGAUGUUCUUGAGGUGGACUAUCAAUCUAUGGAUGAGAUUGAACAUAAAGGGAGUAUUAUUAAGGAAAUGGUGGGAAGUAAUGUAGAGGAUCAUAGCUCAUUGUCUAGAAAAUCUUCUUAUUCUUCUGCUACAGAGUCAACAAUGGAGGUGGAUAAAGAUUUUUAUGAGGUUCAAUCACCUGUUGCUACUCCUAAGUCUGCUAGAUCUGUGCGUACUUCUUCUAAAUUUGAGGUUCCAUCAACUCCUAGUCCAAGGGCUAGUCGUACAGCAUCAGAGAAAUCCACUCCAAUCUCUCCCCAUAUCCAAAAUAUGCGCAACGAGUCUCAGCAUUCCAAUUCUUUCAACAAGCUCAAAUCCAUGUUAAAUGGUCUACAAGAUCUACUUAAUGACACUGAAGAAGUCGAUACAAACGCAGAAGUGGAGUCAGAAACCUCUGCAGAAGUAGCCUCAUACCACCCUCACCAACUCGACGUUAUAAUGGCCAAACAAACUCUUAAAGAAAUGAGUCACAUGGACUUUAAAACUAUGUUAUCCUCUGGAAGAGACAAGAAGUUGGAGAAGUCCAUCAAUAUCCUUGUUGCUGAUGCUAAAGUAUCAUAUCUCGGCCAAGUCCCUAAGGAGGUCGCCAACCUUCAAGCCCAGCUUAAGUCUAUGAGACAUGACCAUGAGUUGGCAAAUAAACAUUUGAGUGAAUACACAACAUUUUCUUCUAGGAGAUUAGAGAUUAAGGCCGAACUUAAGAAGGAUGCGGCUAAGGCUCAUGAGUUGGAGACUCGAGAGGAUGGCUUCGCCAACAUGUUGGUGACAGCAAGAGCUAAGAGGGAUGAUUUAUUGAAGCAACUUGAGGAAGUUGACAGUAGGAUCAGAGCUGCAGAAAGAAAACAGGCUGAUAACGCGGUGGAUAUUGAAGAGCUUAUUUCGAGGAUAGAAGAGAAGAGUCAAACCCUUAGGGAGAUGGAGAGGACAGACAAAUCAUGGCAAGUGAAAAAAGUUGAAGCCGAGAAGACAUUGGAGAGUGUAGAGGAAGAUUGGGUUAAGAUGAAGAGUUUGCUUCAAGAUGUUUGAUUGUGGCUUUAUCUAUUUGAAAGAUCAAACUUCCUUUUUUUUUCCUAUGCAAUUUUGGGUAAUCCUGUAUUAUAUUUUUUGAUUUUUUGUACAAUAAAGACGAUUAUAUACAUGUUCUACUCGUCCCUCUUCAAUAUAAUAAUCUUUUUGACCUAAGA